UAGAUCAUAGUUCCAGGGACAGCCACCUAUUUACAAUGUCGUUUUAAAUGCACUCUACUGUUUUUCUCUCUGCAAAUCAUUUGCAAAUCCUGCUUCAAUAAAACCAGGUGCUGUGAUCUCUGUUCUGAUAAUAAUAAUAAUUUGCACGCACGUCUGUACCAUCUACUCAUGCGCCCAGAUCAUCACCAAACAACGGAUAAUUAAAUAGGAUAAGAUGAUGUGAUUGUCUGUCCAGUUGGCACCAUGUGGGUGUUUGGUUAUGGAUCACUGAUAUGGAAAGUAGAUUUUCCAUACGAGAGAAAACUCGUUGGACAUAUCAAGGGAUAUGUCAGAAGAUUUUACCAGAAGAGUACUGAUCAUCGAGGGAUACCAUCCAAGCCAGGUCGAGUGGUGACUCUGCUCUCCGCCACAGACCCCACCGACGAGGUAUGGGGUGUCGCCUAUAAAAUUUCCAGUGAAAAUAUCAAUAACGUCGUUAACCACCUGGACUUCAGGGAGAAAGGUGGUUAUCAGAGGGAAAAAGUCCUAUUCUAUCCGUCCCGGCCCGUCCAGAAGGUAGAUCCAAGUACUCUAGACAAUUCCCCUGACAGCAACGUCAAUGCUGAUCCAGUGGUUCCCGCCACUCCCACCCCCUCCGAGGAAUUGCCCUUUCAGCUGACAAUAUACAUCGGCACCGAGGACAAUCCAAAUUAUGCUGGGGUCGAGAGUCUGGAGACGAUCGCUAGUCACAUCGUCGAGGCUCAUGGACCUAGUGGAGCGAAUACCGAAUAUCUGUAUAAGCUGGCCAUGGCUAUGAGGCUCAUUGCACCUGGGAUUAAUGACGAACAUUUAUUCGCACUCGAGGGGGCUGUCAAAAAAUUGGAGAAUGAGAGGUCCAGGGAGGCCCUUGGGGUGGACGAAUCACCACCGAAAAUUCAUUGAUUGAUGGGCGCAGGGGACUGGGAAAUUAUUGUAUUUGUGAUGGAACGCAAAAGAAAUCUGAGAGAUGAGAACUUGAGACUUUAAAUCAACAAAUUUAAAUUCAAUAAAAUUGAAGUCAGUGUGUGCUGUGGGGGCUGAGUAACCAGGUGAUAACCGCUUUCCUGGAUGUAAUGUGCUUUUCCACGAUUUGGAAGGAAUUAAGAGGACAACUCAACCGAUAAAAAGAGACUUUUAUCCUCGACCCGGGCAGUUAUUUUUGCAAAUAAACUGAUCUUUUGUAAAUAAUUUUCUUCUUCUGGCUUCACUUAAUAAUUUCGUUACAUUUGUUGUCCCCAAAGGAACUUUAUUUAGUCAGUUCUGUUAUAAAAAAUAAAAACAAAUGGAAGAAGAAUGGAAUAACAUGAUAGUUGAUAAUA